UGUUGGGUCACUUCAAAUUUUAUGUUGCAAGUGUGAAAUCAUUUCAUUUCCUACUACGUGUUGGGUUUGUGGAAUUGGAAUUGGAAUUGGAAAUGGGUUUGAACAAUUUUCUUUCAGUUCCAAUUCCAAUGUUCCGAUUUGAUAGUCUUUCUUAGAACCAUAUUCUAAUUUUUGUUUUGAUAGAUAAUGUUAAUUUUAGCAUAAAAUUGCGAAAUUAUUUAGAAAAAAAACAAAAUAUAAUUGUGAAACUGAAAAAAAAAAAUAUAGAAAAGAGGAAAUUUUAGGACUCCCAAUGUAAUUGAAAUCAUUCAUCAAAUUAGAGCCAAUUUUAUCUUUCAGUAGCCCUCUGAAAUGAAACCUUUUUGUUUUAUGGAGGGGCAUACUUUUUAGAGCAAGUCUAUUAUGAGAGAGUUCUGAGUGAUGGUUUUUUUUUUUUUUUUUUUAAUAAUUCCUCAAAAGCUUCAGUAAAGUAAUAAAAUUAUUUCAGUGGGAUAUUGACAUCUGCUAAUGUUUUGUUUAACUUUCUAAAUUUCUUGUUAUUUUGGGAAUGAAUUGGAUUCUGGCGUGAAACUCAUACAUCUAAACAAAUGAGAAUUUCUAUUUCAUCUACAUAAAUAUAUGUGUGUGUGUGUGUGUGUAUUUGUGGUACAAAUAUUCACAGACCAUUUUAUGGUAAAAAUCUCUUUUCAUUUUGAUACAAUUGUUAAGGCCAACCCUGAAUGCAGUUGAUGUUUUUUACUUCGGCAGAAAAUAUGAUAUUGAUAUCACAGACAUGAUAAUCUUAUACCUAAUUACUUAGUUCAAAAGCUUUAUCUUCAAAGUACCUGGUAAUAUCUCCAGUCAUUGCAUUGCUUUUUAUGGCACAUUUCAAUUUUUUUUCAAGGAUGUUUAAGACAAUUACAGCGGUCUUGUUGAUCGGUUUUAUAGCAUGUGCAUAUCAAACAACCCGCCCUCCACCUCCAAACAUCUGUGGUUCCACCGGUGGUCCACCGGUGACCGCACCAAGAAUAAAGCUUAGGGAUGGAAGGUAUUUGGCCUAUAAGGAGCACGGUGUCCCCAAAGAAACAGCCAAAUAUAUAAUUAUAUAUUUACAUGGCUUUGGCUCUAGCAGACAUGAGAUAGCCGUUACAACAUGGGAAAUAGUUGAGGAAUUACGGGUGCACUUUGUAACUUUCGACAGACCAGGUUAUGGAGAAAGUGAUCCAGAUCCAAAACGAACAAUGAAGAGUACAGCUCUGGAUAUAGAAGAGCUAGCUGAUAAGUUGGCACUUGGAUCCAAAUUUUACAUAAUUGGGAAUUCAAUGGGAGGACAGGUUGUUUGGGGUUGCCUUAAGUACAUCCCUCACCGUCUAGCAGGAGCAGCACUACUCUGUCCAGUUAUCAACUACUGGUGGCCGACCUUUCCUGCGAAUUUGUCUGAAGAAGCUUACCGCCAACAAUUCCCACAAGAUCAAUGGGCACUCCGUGUUGCUCACUAUGCCCCAUGGCUCACGUACUGGUGGAACACUCAGACAUUGUUUCCCGCAUCAAGUGUUAUGGCGGGAAAGCCUAAAUUCAGCCAGAAGGAUAUAGAUUUCAUGUCCAAGGUUGCCGGGAGGCAAAAGCGCAAGGCAAAUGUGACACAACAAGGAGAUUUCGAGUCUAGGCAUCGUGACAUGAUGAUUGGAUUCGGGAGAUGGGAAUUCGAUCCUAUGGAUCUCAAGAACCCUUUUCCUGGAAAUGAAGGCUCUGUCCAUGUAUGGCAGGGUGAUGAAGACGGUCUCGUGCCUGUUACCCUGCAGCGUUAUAUUGCUGGAAAGCUUCCAUGGAUUCACUACCACGAAUUACCAGGCGCAGGACAUUUGUUUCCCGGUGCAGAUGGAAUGACUGAAGCUAUCUUAAAGACACUCUUACUCAGUGAGAAGUAGCCUACUGCAGAAAUAGUUAGCGAAACAGCUGUGUGUAAUUUCCCACAGUUAACUAUUUAGUAAAAUCUCGGUGCCAUAGAAGAAGUUUUACUGUUGCCGUUAUAAUGCAUUAGGAUGCUAAACAUUAGCAGAACUAAAAUCUUUUGAAGAAUAUAUGAGAUGAAUGUUUUUUUUUUUUUCUCAGA